CCGCCACCCGGCAGUAGUUGCCGAGGUCAGCCCCGCCUACUUCCUCUUUCUUUCGGAGCGACCGGCGGCGGCGGCGGCGGCGGCGGUAGCGGCGGCCUGUGCAGCGAUGGCCAAGAUAAAGGCUCGAGACCUUCGCGGGAAGAAGAAGGAGGAGCUGCUGAAACAGCUGGACGACCUGAAGGUGGAGCUGUCCCAGCUGCGAGUCGCCAAAGUGACGGGCGGCGCGGCCUCCAAGCUCUCUAAGAUCCGAGUCGUCCGCAAAUCUAUUGCCCGUGUUCUCACAGUUAUUAAUCAGACUCAGAAAGAAAACCUCAGGAAAUUCUACAAGGGCAAGAAAUACAAACCCCUGGAUCUGCGGCCGAAGAAGACGCGCGCCAUGCGCCGCCGGCUCAACAAGCACGAAGAGAACCUAAAGACCAAGAAGCAGCAGCGGAAGGAGCGGCUGUACCCGCUGCGGAAGUACGCGGUCAAGGCCUGAGUGGUGCGCUGUCAAUAAAGCACAGCUAGCUUGAGA